AUGGUUGGCAGACCCUUCGUGCGGAUCCUGGGCGUAGCUACCAACCUGCUGGCGGCCUGGAUAUCGCGAGCGCCGCCGUGUCCUGCGGCGCCUGCUUGUCCCUCUUCGCCGGCGUGCCCGUCGGUGUCGAGCCCCAGCCUCUCGAGCGCCGACCACGACGUGUACGAGGAGCGGUACGGUCAGGGGAACCCAGACAUAGUCGCCGUGGUCUUCAGCCCGACGCGCCAGGCGCUGCAGGGUGGGGACCCGACGCUGCCGUGCUGGUUCAGGCGUGAGCCGAACGCGAGGGAGACGGUCGCUAUCCAGGACGCUCUCGUGCAGGUAGCCGACCAGCUGUACUUGGACCGCGAGCGCGCUGCUGGCAGGCCGCGCACGCGUCCCGGCGGAGGCUCGUACCUGGAGUUCGACUUCUCCGCAGCCGCCCCUGGACCAGGCGUUCCUGGCGCAGGCCCCGCCGCUCUCGCGCCCGCGGCGGGAGCCGCCGCCAGAGCAGCGCCUGCCGCGCCUCUGGUGAGCGUGGCCGGGGCCGGCGCCGUCGCCGCCCCUGCUGCAGGUCCCCUGGCGGCCGCCGCCGUGCCGGCGGCAGGCGCCCCAGCGGGCGCCGCCGGCGCAGCGCCGCCGGCCGCGGCAGGGGUGGUUGGGCCGCCCGCUGAGCUGGCCCCAGUGUGGGUGCUCAUCGGGAGCACAGGUGGUGGCAGUCGUGGCGAUGUUGUCCAGCUCAACGGGACCGAGCGGAUCGAAGGUGACAUCGGCCUCCUGAAGCUGAACGCAGGCUGGGCUGCCAUCCGUCGGAUCUCGAUGGACCCAUCGGUGUACAGAUGCGCGGGGAGCAGGGCGGACAUCAGGCUGGUGGACGUACCACCUCGACCCGACGGCUCCAGGCAGCGACUGGCUUGGCGUGAGGCUGUGCCGAUGAUGGUGGAGAAUCCCAUCCCGGGGUGGCCGCUCGACGGACCUCGGACCUUGCUCUGGUGCGCGCAAUUCAUCGACAAGAGGCGGAACGGCCCCGUGGAGCACUACAACAGCUUCUUUGCCUUCUAUCAUCUCACGAUGGAGGACUUCGAGGUCGGUCAUUAUGCGAUCAUAAUGAAGAUGAUCAGACAUCUCGGGUGCUGGGAUCAGGUGAAUGUCCCCGACUUGGUCGGGGCUGAGCUGGCCACUCGCCAGGCACAGCUGCACGAGUACAUCUACUCCAUGGAGUUCGUGGCGCAGCAGUCGAAGGGCUCCAAGGACGGCGACGAGGGCGACGGCAAGAAGAGGGGCCGAGGUCGGGGAGGAGGGCUCCACCGAUUCGGCAUCGUGGACGAGGCGGCGGUGUUCACAGGGGCGGUCAAAGAGGAUGGCCGCUCCAGGAUAUGCCCGCUGCUGCUGGAGCAAGUCUCCAAACAGGUGGAGCGCGACGCAGGGAUCCUGAAGCAGAUCAGGAAAGCCCGUGAAGAGCCGACGCGGACGGCUCUCGGGUACCCCUCGCCCGAGAGUCAGCCAGGCCGAGAGAGGGGGCGCCCGUGGGCCUCGCGGGCGCAGCAGAUCUACCUGUACAUGAGGCUUCCGACUCCAGCGCCGACCUUCGCCAACGAGAUGACCGACGCGCUGAACGACCUGUGGGGCUGCCCGCCCGUGGCGCGCCGUCAAGCGCCCGCUGGCAUGCCGGUGCCUGCCGCUGGCCACGCCCUCGCCCUCUCGGAGCUCCGCCAAGCCGCUGUGAGGUUUGGCCCGUGCCCAGAGGGCUUGGACGGUCCAGGAGCCCUCGAGGAGCUCCGGAUAUCUCAAUCAUACGAGGGUGACGCCACGUUGGUUGCCCCGGUGAGUUUCGACCUCGUCGACUCCAUCUCCCUGCCUCCUGCCGGCAGCCAGCCCGCCGCCCUGGAGGCUAUCGACGAGAUGGCAGGCCAGAACAUUGCUCGCCGGCUGAAAGAGUUACUCUUGCCCCAACAGCUGGGGAUGGAGCGCAUCAAGGAAGUGGGUCCGAGACGGCUCUACACGGACCCUGCCCUUCGCAACCCGCGCCUCUAUAGAAUGGUGGUGCGGCGGCUUAUGAGCGCCGGGCUGGUGGACUUCAGCAGCUCGGCGGAGUGUUACGUUGGCAUGUUUUUCGUGCGCAAGAAGAACGGGUCGCUGCGGAUGAUCCUCGACGGGAGGCACGCCUCGCUCAGGUUUGCGCCCGCAGACUCCGUGGAGCUGGCGACGGGCUCGGCGUUCGCCCAGAUCUCGGUCGACGGCGACGAGCCCAUCAGCAUCGGGGGGGUCGACAUCUGCGACGCGUUCUACCAGAUCGAGCUCCCACAGUGGCUGCGCCGCUACUUCGGGCUGCCCAAGGUGAGGGCUGGCGACCUCGGGCUGGUGAACCUGUCCGACGGCACGCCCGUGAGACCCUCGGCCUGGGUGGUACCGUGCUUUCGGUGCCCGCCGAUGGGCUGGAGCAUCAGCCUAUGGAUAUGCCAGAGCCUGAACGAGGCGGUGACCGCCCGUGCGCUUCCUGGCCAUUUUGGCCGUCGACUUGUGGACCGUCGGCCUGCGCCUGACCUGCAGCAGGGAAUGGCGCACACGGUCUACGUCGACAACUUCAUCGCCCUGUCCCACAGGCUGCGCGAGGUGCGUGAUGCAGCUACUGCAGUACAGGGGGAGCUGACUGCUUCAGACCUUCCCUCGCACCCCGUGGAGGCAUCAGUCGGCGGGGACACGCUGGGCUGGCACUUUGACGAGGACAAGCCCGUGAUCGGCCUCAGCGUUCGACUACGCUGGCGGCUCCGCCUCGGCAUCGGCGAGCUGCUGGAGCAAGGCUGGUGCAGCGGUCACACCAUGAUGAAGAAGACCAUCACCUCAGACCAGGCUCGUCGUUUGUCUAUCUUCAACGAACGGUGGAGGUUCAGUCGGGAUGGCGAGCAACAGGUUGCCCCUCGCGACAAGGCCUUAGCCUCGGAGAGCAAGCAAGCUCAGCGUAUCACCUCGUCAUGCUUCAAGCAAGCCUCGUCGGAGCCCUACCGCGAUCCAGCAGUCGUAGCAGCAGCCAUGGAGCAGCAGGUCCCGUUCCGAGUCGAGCCGAAGCCGGAGCAGGGGGAGGAAAUCACGUUCGAGGAGGUGCCCGAGGAGGCCGUGCGGAUCAAGACAUCGAAGCUCGACGCGUCCUGCCCGCCCGCCCAGGCGCUGGGCCUCGGGGAGGAUGACGGCGGCAAAGCUGGUGUCGGUCCUCGACGACAGGGCGGCCCCUGCCGCGCCGGCGAUGCGGGCUCGCAGGAGGCCGACUGCGGCUGCAAGUGCUGUGGGCGCUCGCCAGCUGCAGGGCAGGGCUUGACCCUCCUGGAGGAGUUCUUGGACGGGGGCAAGAGCAGCGCCGUGAGGAUGCUGAUGGCAGCUUUUGCCUUCGUGCGUCCGACCCUCGGGCGGCGGCAGUGGCGCCAGCUGUGGGCGGCACGGGCUGCCAAGACCUGGUCAUGCCUGGCGCCGCCGCGGCCGCGGCUGACGCUCUCACGGCUCGUGGUGUGCCUCCUCGUGGUGACGUUGUGCUGCGGGGGCCUGGAGGAGUACGCUUGGCCCACCGCGCCCACGGUCGACCUGUACCCGAGGCCGCGCGAGGCGCUGGAUUUCGUGCCGUCGCAGCUCAUCCCGCCAAGGCUCACCGCUGCCGAGGCGCUGCGCCAGUGGUGCAUGGUCCUCCAGCCGUCCGACAUGCAGACCCCAUCCAUGAUAGACGUGCUCGACGAGACCCUGCGGGCGGGCCUCACCCGCUCCCCGAGGGUGCCACGACCCGAGCAGGAGCCGCACCACCGGACGCCCGGUGGCCACCGCCUUUUGCCGGUGGCCCAGGCGCAGUGGAGCGGCCACGUCAUGACCGUCUUGGCCGGGCUCGGCCUGCAGGUCUGGAGCUACCUGAUGCACGGGCACAAUGGCGGAUGCCACGAGCUGUUCGCGGCGGCGCGGCCUCUGCGGGACAUCCACAUGCUCUCCAGGUGGUCGACCGACGCCGCGCUUCAAUGCUACGCCGAGGGGAGGCAGGUGCAGGAGCAUCUUCGCGGGCUGCCGCGCGCCCUGCCGCUAAGUGCCGAGCAGGCGCUCCGCGGGUCCGGCGUCUUCCUGGAGGUCUUCAGCGGCUCGGGCCGGAUGGCGGCAGCCUGGCGCCUGCGUUUUCAUUCGCAGCAUGCCGCUUUCGAGCUGGACAUCCGCCACGACGCCGACAGCGACCUCCUCCUCAGGCGGAUCAGGCAGCAGGUUCGAGGCUGGGUGCGGAGUCGGCUCAUCGUCGCGAUCUGGAUUGCGACGCCCUGCCAGUCCAUGAGCCGCGCCCGCAACCGCCCCAACGGGCCACCACCCUUGCGGACGGCUUUGUUUCCGCUGGGGCUGCCAGGCCUGUCGCCAGGAGAUCAGCUCAAGGAGACGGCUGCCCUGGACCGUGGGACCCUGGACCAGACCGUGCUGAUGCGCGCCCUGGAGCACUGGCUCCUUCUGGUUCAUAAGUGCAGCCGCCAUCGUCAUCCUCAGGUGGACGACGGUGUCAUGUUCGGCUCGUGUGGCCACCAGGACCUCUCCGACCCAUAUCAGCAGCAGGCCGAGAAACGAAACAAACACUUGUCUGAGCAGGUCCAGAUCCUGAAAAACGGCCUGUUCGAAGAUGUUCAAGUCAGGGCGUUAGAGAUGCGAAGUCUACACAAGGAACAGCAGAAGAGGCUUGAGGGCAAGAACAGUUGUUGCGCCGGGUUGUGGGGGGGCGCCAAUGGUCGCAAGUUCAUGGCCGCGGGGCCCCCGUCUUCAAGCGUGGGCACUGCGGCCCGCGCCUGCGACGUCGCGCGCAGCUCGACUCGGCACGCGGCGACGCGCGGCGGCGUCGACGGGCUCAAUUUCGGGCGGCGCGACAUCGCUGCCGGUCGCGGCUUUGCCACCGCGCCGACCAGGGCGUUUUCUGCGUCGGCCUCGGGCGGGCUCAGGCUGCCGAGGAACGCCGGGGGCCUUGCGGGGGCCCUCGGGCUGUCUGCGGAGCGACUGGGGCGGGCGAUGGCGGGGCUCAGAGCGCUCUUUGAUAAUGCGGACGCGGGGGAAUUCGGGCAUGAGCUGCCCGACCUCUUGUGCCCCGUGUGCGGCCUGGGGGGCGACGCCAUUUCCCUGUGCGUCUGUCGCUGCAGUCGCGGGUCUAUCCGAGAGCUUCGGGAACGUCUUCUUCGCGGCUAUGAGUUCCAGCCUGGCGAGAGACGCACUUUGUCGGGGGCGGACAAGGUGCUGCGCGCCCUCGGCUUGUUCGAGCAUCCGGGCGAUUUCUUCCCGCCGCCUAGCAUUGCAAAGCCGAGCUGCCAGCAUCGCAGCGACCCCGAGCGCAAGGAUUAUUGGGUUUUGGGGAACACGUUCAUGGCCAGGACCAAUCGCGGCGACGAGGGGCUUGGUGACAAGUCCAGCUUGGCGAAGUCGCCGCUGGAACCGCCCCGCUACUUGAAGUGGCUGGCCUUGCUGCGGGCAAGGUGCAGAGUCCUCUGCAACGACUGGCGCUUUUCUGUCCUCACGACCACCCUCACCCUGUACGGGCUCUUCGGCGACGACACGCGCCGCGCCUUCACGAGCAAACACUCCGACACCGUGUUCGACGUGCUCACCACGCUCGCGCUGACUGUCUUCACCGUGGAGAUCGUCGCGUCCUCGCUCGGGCAGGAUGGCUACUUCCUGGGCUUCUUCUUCUGGAUGGGGGCGGGGCAGAGGGAGGUGACGUCGGCGUGCACCUGGCGGCUCCGCGAGGCCCGGCACGGCGACGCCGGGGCCCGUGCGACGCGCGGGCGAAGGCCUUUGCGCAUCCUCGUCGCGCGUCCUUGCGAUGUGCGGGCUGCCUGCCUGCUCUUCGCCGAGCAGCCGCAGCGGCCGUCGCAGAAGUCGCUGCCCGCCCUGCUGAGGACGUUCGAGGCCGAGGUGGAGGAACUCCUCGCGAGGCAGCACCACGAGCUCCGCGGGCGGCUGCGCGCCCUCGUCGCCAGCGCCGCGGGCGACCAGGCCUCCGAG